AUGGCAACCACCUGCAAGCAUCUUAUUGCCAUCAUCUUCCUUACUCUGUUCAUCACAGGAACCUAUGGCCAAUGUCCAUUGAACAGCCUCUUCAUUAUCACAAGAAUGACUGGUGCAAAAAUAGGAGGCAAAACUCAAUGGAGGGUUACAGUAGUUAACAAGUGCAACUGUCCACUAAGCCAAAUAGUAUUGAAUUGUCAAGGGUUUCAAAGUACAAUGCCUGUUGACAAUACAAUUCUUCUUAAGAGAGGUGAUAAUUGUCUCUUAUAUAAUGGCCAUGCCUUGAGUGGAAAUGAUGCUGAUCAAUUUGCCUAUGCUUGGGAUACACCCUUUAAUCUUUAUCCUGUAAGUGCUGUUACAGGUAGUCCUUGCAAAUAA